CAUUUCCAUCACCACAAUUCAGAAACCCUAUCUCAAUCACUUCUUUUCAAUCGUUCUUUUUCGCUCUUUCCAGAUUCUUCUCGAUGGCCCGUACCAAGCAAACAGCGAGGAAGUCCACCGGCGGCAAGGCUCCCCGGAAGCAGCUGGCGACAAAGGCGGCGAGGAAGUCAGCUCCGGCAACCGGAGGAGUGAAGAAGCCACACAGGUUCAGGCCUGGAACUGUUGCUCUGAGGGAGAUCAGGAAGUAUCAGAAGAGUACUGAGCUUCUGAUCCGGAAGCUUCCGUUCCAGCGAUUGGUUCGUGAGAUCGCUCAGGAUUUCAAGACGGAUCUCAGGUUUCAGAGCAGUGCUGUCUCGGCGCUUCAGGAAGCAGCGGAGGCUUACCUUGUUGGAUUGUUUGAAGAUACCAAUCUCUGUGCCAUUCACGCCAAGAGAGUCACCAUUAUGCCUAAGGACAUUCAACUCGCUAGGAGAAUCAGAGGCGAGAGGGCUUAGUUCGUUCAAAAUUCCCCAAUUCCCAUUUCAAUGCUUGAUGUCGCUUUUUCAUUUUGCCCUAGUUUAGUUUGCUGGUAUACUUGUGUGAUUUGAAUGUUGAGCAAACGAUUUGCAUGUUUGUCAUUGAAUGUGAUCUUGUUUGUCAAAUUAAUAUCUUAGUGUAUUCUUCAGAUCAGAGUUGAACAAAAUAAAUCUCUUAUUGAAUUUGCAUUCACCGAA